UUCCCGCCAUCUUGGUUCCUGUGGAGGCCUGCUGGGAAUGGGACUUCUAAAAGAACUAUGUCUGGAAGGCUGUGGUCCAAGGCCAUUUUUGCCGGCUAUAAGCGGGGUCUCCGGAACCAAAGGGAGCACACAGCUCUUCUUAAAAUUGAAGGUGUUUAUGCCCGAGAUGAAACAGAAUUCUAUUUGGGCAAGAGAUGCGCUUAUGUAUACAAAGCAAAGAACAACACAGUGACUCCAGGCGGCAAACCAAAUAAAACCAGAGUCAUCUGGGGAAAGGUAACUCGGGCCCAUGGAAACAGUGGCAUGGUUCGUGCCAAAUUCCGAAGCAAUCUUCCUGCUAAGGCCAUUGGACACAGAAUCCGAGUGAUGCUGUACCCCUCAAGGAUUUAAACUAACGAAAAAUCAAUAAAUAAACGUGGAUUUGUGUUCUAAAAAAAAAAA